GACCUGCACCCCGUUCGUACCACAAGGUUGGUUGAACGUUGCCUACUGGGGCGUGACAAGUCCUCUACCAUUUCGUCGACCUGUCUAGAUGAUAUAAAACAUCCCACACAUGCAUCUGAAGCUCCAAGUGUAGUUACAUUUCUAAAUAUCCAAGCACACCUAUUCUUCAACAGUCACACAUCGUUCAUUGGAAAGAUGGCAUCUGAGUACGAGUACAUCAUUGUGGGCGGGGGCACGGUGGGCUGCGUCCUUGCCUCACGCCUAUCCCGUGCUGGCCACAGAGUGGCCGUAUUCGAGGCGGGCCCUGAAAACUAUUCAGACCAAAUCAUGAGCCCCACUGGCGGUCCUCUACUCCAUGCGACCGAGUGGGAGUAUGGAUGGAAGUCUGUCAAGCAGGCCCAUCUUGGCAACCGUGAAAUUGCAAAUUAUGGCGGGAAAAUCCUCUCUGGUAGUUCCGCCGUGAAUUAUGGAUUGUGGGCGCGUGGACACUCCGUGGACUUCGACGACUGGGCCCGCAUAGUGGGUGAUGACCGGUGGAAUUAUGCCAAUCUUCUGAAGUAUUUCAAAAGAUCGGAGACGUUCCAUGAUCGUGGCGCCACUGCCUCAGUUGAUCAGCACGGCUAUGACGGACCCAUCGCCAACUUCUCUGGCCUCAGAAAGUACCCUCUGAAGGAGAAGACUUUGAAAGCUGUCAUACAGAGCGGCAUAGAAUAUACUUCCGACGGAAAUGACGGCAAUCCGCUGGGUGUGGCGCCUUUCACUGAUAAUGUCAAAAACGCGCUUAGGCAGCCAGCCGGUCUUGCUUACGACUUAUCUCAAGCCACCGUCUUUACGAACGCCGUUGUUGCAAGGGUGGACAUUGAUCAACAGACCAAGUCAGCUACUGGAAUUACGUUGGACGAUGGUCGAACUUUCAAAGCUAAGGAAGUCCUCGUCUGCGCCGGUGCAAUCAAAACCCCGCAAAUUCUGAUGCUCUCCGGUAUUGGCCCCAGGGACCAUUUGCAAUCCUUGGGUAUUACUACUAUUGUCGACUUGCCCGUGGGGCAGAAUUUUCACGAUCACAUUUCGGGCUCCAUGUUCUGGAAACUCAGGAAUCCUGAGCAGGGUCUCGCAAUGGGAUCUCCAAACUUCAAUGAUCCCAGCUUCCGCACGGGCAUGCCUUUUGAUUGGAUCAUUACUCUCGCACUACCUGACGAGGUAUUGUCACCUGCAGCGACUGUUGACGGUACGUCAAUCAAUGCAACAUAUGGGUCCGGACUUCGUGGCCAUGUCGAGAUCCUGAUGCCCUAUGCGCCUAUCGCCAGCGCAGGCACACCCUAUCGGAUUCCACCAGAUGGAACUCACGUUGCUACGCCCGUAGUCAUUUUGCUUCCCACUAGCCGAGGCUCCAUCACUCUCGCUUCAACGAACGUCGCUGAUGAUCCUAUUCUGGACCCGAACUAUCUCGCAACUGAGAUCGACCGGACUAUCAUGCGGCAGGGAUUCAGAGCAGCAAUACGAAUCAUGGAAACUCCAGAGGCAUUGACCUAUGUGGAGCACGAAACACCUCCACCAGGCUAUCCACGACUAACAAGUUCUUGCACUGAUGAGGAAAUUGAUGCUCGACUCGCCCAUGUGGGCGCGAGUAUGUUCCAAAACGCUGGCACGGCAUCUAUGGGCACUGUCGUGGACACUGAUUGCAGAGUAAAGGGCAUUCAAGGUUUGAGAGUUGCCGAUGCUAGUAUUAUUCCAGUUUCUAUAGCCUCUCAUUAUCAGGCCGGGGUAUAUGCAAUCGCAGAAAGGAUUGCCGACAUAAUCUUGGGAAACAAAUGA